CUUUACACUCUGCACCACCAACAGCGCUACACACCCACAACCCAUACCCAUUCCCACACCCCGUCAUCACUGCACAGGCACUGGCACAACUUGACUGGGUUGCCCGCCCGCUCCCUUGCUCUGCCCGCGUCUGCUGGCUGCAACCUGCCUUCUCUCCGCUGGCUCCCUCUGUCAAAUUCAUCCACCCACCCAUCCACUGUCAUCGUCGCCCACCCAACUUCUCGACUCUUCAUCCUCAAUCUCGUGCCCAACAUCGACGUCUCAGCUUUGUCGCUCGGGCUGUUUAUUCAUCUUCUGUAUAUUCCUUUAUAUCUUUCUCUCCUUUGAUUCGCCAAAGUCCUUCAUUGUCCGCUGAACCACUCCGGAACCGCAUCCUGCCUCCGCUGACCAACUGCACAUGCUCACCUCCGCAACUACCUGAACUUACUACCACUACCGCGACGAUCCAUUCCUGUCUGCCCUCCUGUCUCGUAGGACGUACUCGUACACGAAUUCGAUUCUUUUGCCUUCUUCGACUACCUCUACCUUUGACUCGUACCCACCUCGCCGGUCGAGGUAGAAUUGUUUGCACCUGUCCUACACCUACACCUCCACCUCAUCGGGCCUUGUUUCCCCUCUCAGGCAAAUGUGGUCCAGCCUCCAGCCGUUCCCACCCUGAGACCAGCACGAAGCGACUUUUCAAACAGACAGAUGGCAAGCUCAACUCUACACCCCUCCGUUGGUGUAUGAGGACAUCGACUCUCGACCCUCGACCCUCGGUGUGAAUCUCAUUCAUGUCCCGCAAAGAGACAAAGGCAACAUACUGAGAAUCCUGUCUCCUUGCCAUGGCAGAGAACAAUGGCAUCAGGUGGGAUCCAGACCUGCAGCAUCCUAGCCAGUUCAAUGGAGUGUCAAACGAAGCUGAACCCCCACCUUCACUCUCUUCUAUCGACGCAGAGACACCCACUUUGAGGAUGGAGCGACCGGACUCUCGUGGCGAUGAUAGUACCACUCAAAGAAACACACCAGUUGCCUUGACAGCGCAAGAGACUACGGAGCCCGUUGAUGAAGACCUGAGCAAUGGUUUGGAAUCAUCCUCACACCAAGUGGCUCCCAGUUCCGCCUGGACUCCACUCAUUCUCAGCCAGUCUCUUACAAAGUCUACCCAAACUUCCUCAAACUCUCUCAACGCCUUGUCUGAGAACGUUAGUGAUCCGAGUCCUAUUCUGCUUCCGACGUCCGGCUCGUGGGGCUCACAGUUCCAGCACUACCAGUCACGUGGAAGGCGUCCGUCUCAUUCGAAGUCGGCCUCUUUAUCAACCAGCAAGAGACAUCCUUAUGAUCGCCCAGCUUUUCCCGAUCAAUCAUUUCUUGCUCUUCAAUCACAACAAUACAGCUCUCGCCCAUAUCCCCCUCUACGCACGAGAAGCUCACAUCCUGCCCAAAACCUGCUUUAUAAUGAAAUGGAUAUUUGGACCCCAUCUCUGUCCCGCAAUCGAAGCACUGCCAGUCAACGCACUAGAACUGCCGACAACACGCCUAUAUCAAGCCCGGGUUUGUUCAGCUCUGGUCGACUAGGCCCCCACUCUUCUGCUUCCGACUCCGGCUCUCAGCUUCACCACCUACAGCAGCCGAAAGAAACUCACACCGCCGAGAUUGAGCAUGACACAUUCUCGGGCAACAAGAAUAUCAACAACUAUGAGAUCUGUCGAGAGCUGGGACGUGGUGAGCACGGUAAGGUCAAGCUGGGCCGCAACCUCGAGGCUCAGCCUGCCGAGGUCUUGGUGGCCAUCAAGAUCGUUCCCAGAUACUCGGUCAAACGAAGGCUAGGGAAACUAGGAGCACCAGAGGACCGCACAAAGCGUGAAGUAGCCAUCUUGAAAAAGGCUCGCCAUACCAACGUGGUCAGUCUCCUCGAGGUGAUUGAUGAUCCGAGCAAGAACAAGGUCUACUUGAUUCUCGAGUACGUGGAGAAGGGUGAAAUCAAGUGGAGAAAACGUGGUGUUCGUGAAGUUCUCGCCGUCAAUAACUCGAGAUUCGAGCAAGAGCGGAAUGGCUACAAUACCUCUGUCGAGGCAAGUGACCGGGACCUGUUCCAUGUCGCUCAAGCUAAACGUCGACAUGAUGCUGCCGAGAGAAGCAAGGCUUUGCAGCUUGCUGCGGGUCCUUCUUGGAGUCUCGAACAUGGCGGGGCGGAUCCUGAUGAGGAAGAUGAUGAUGUUCCUGACAUCUCUAGAACCAGCUCCCAACACUUCUCCGACCAUGCUCAUUACAGCCGGACCCCUUCCCACGAUGACUACACCGGUGCCGCACUGGCAGGCAGCAUGUACGGAGCAUACGAUCCCACUGCCUAUCGCGAUCGGAAGUUCAGCAUAGCCGCAAGUGCCAUUUCCCACAUGUCAUCAGAGUAUAACCUCGACGAAAUUGACGAAGAGCAUUCCUAUGUGCCUGCAAUGACCUUGGAUGAAGCUCGACGGGCCUUCCGUGAUACCUUGGCCGGCUUGCAGUUUCUACACGGCAUCGGUAUCAUUCACCGAGACAUCAAACCCGCAAAUCUCUUGGUCUCAAAGGAAGGUAACAUCAAGAUAUCUGACUUUGGCGUUUCAUAUCUGGGUCGUCCUACCACCGAAGAGGACCCUGAAACCAUGUUGACCGAGAAGGACGCUUCUCAUAUCGACGAUGAAAGAGAACUUGCGAGAUCAGUUGGCACUCCCGCGUUCUGGGCUCCUGAACUUUGCUAUGAUGACACAUCUAUUUUCGAAGAUGGCAAUCCACCCAAGAUCACCGGAGCAAUUGACUUAUGGGCCCUAGGAAUCACGCUAUACUGUAUGAUCUAUGCUCGCCUCCCUUUCUAUGCGACAGAAGAAAAAGGCCUGCACGAAAUUGUUUGCACGGGUGAGCCGUUUCUGCCCAAAACUCGACUUGUUGCUGUUGAUACCUCUGUGGACUCGCCGAGCAGCUCGGUGCCCUAUACCAUCAAUAGCAACAAGAGACUCGACUAUGAGCUGAAAUUCGAGCAAGUUCCCGAAGGCGUUCGGGACCUGAUCAGAAAGCUGCUUAUAAAGGACCCUUCAAAGAGAAUGACCAUCGAUGAAGCGAGACGUCAUGAGUGGGUCGUUGAAGGGCUGCAGAAUCCUCUCCAAUGGUUGAAUGUCACCGGCUUGGAGAAGGAGAAGAAAAAGAAGAUCCUAGAAGUCGAUGAAAAGGAGAUCUCGCACGCCGUCGGACGACGAAAUAUCAUUGAACGUGCCCUGAACACAGCUGGUCGUCUUGCUGGCAGCCUCUUAGGCAGGAACAAUACCCGUAAACGGGCCCCGAGUGCCGCUACAUCGACAACAUCGGCGAGUCGCUCCAGCGAGUCCGUUGCUACGCCGUCGAGCUCGAAUACAACGAUUGGUCGCACUGAGAAGGAAAAGGAGAAAGACAAGACCAAGGAAGCACGCCGAACAAGCCUGCGCGGUGACGAGGUGUUGAAUGCCUUGAAGAACUCGAGAGAAGGUGCUGAGCACCCUCUCGCACAAAGUCAAACCGUCAGUCCGGUUGACAAUGUGCGAGAAUAUUUCAGUGGCCCGGUACCCACGCUCAAGGCCUCCUCCACAGGCCACACCCCACUGCCAGACUCAAAAGACCGGCCGCGAGGACCUGAUCGAACAGUCUCAGCUCUUUCGAACACCGAGUCGGUCAUGACUAUUCGAGCUUCCCAGCACACACCGAGACUUUCCAUCUUAGCCCCAGCACAUGAUAUUGAAAGAUCCUCGUCGCAAGACAGAAACGCCACGCGCAAGAUCGAGGGAUUGUGGGAAGGCACCAAGCCCCUCUUUCGUCUCGCCAGUCGUGAUCGACACUCAACAAGAGCCGGGCGAUCUCCAGCAUCUAGCCGACAAUCUUCCGACGGGGAGUCGUGGGCCGCACGUGGGGGUCCGAGUCUUGCCAUUAGCACGGCAUCUGCUACAGGUGCUCUUGAGCAACCGGAUGCAUUGCGCACAACGACAUCGCCCGUCAGUUAUGCCAACGGAUCCCCUCCCGUGGUCGAACUAAAGACUGGCUUCCCAGCUCCGACUUCAACUCAAGAGGCCUUUCAACACGCCCAAGAUGUCAACCAACGAAGGUUCAUACAAGAAGCCGAUCACCAGGCCCAGGCAACAGCGCAAGCAGAGAUAACUAAGCGAUCACAGAGCCAGGAAGACGUUGGUGCCUGUCCACCGUCCCCAGACGAUAUUACAUUCUUGCAGAAGCAACGGAUGCGGAUGGCCAACGAUGUCAGCCACUUUUCCAUUGACUCUGUACCUAUUCAAGGAGAACCUUCGGCUAGCACUAUCGCAUCGUCGAUGGAUGGCUACGGUGCAAGCAGUGUCUCACAGAGCAUGUCCAACCCGAGUUUUGGCGUGAAUUCAAGUGCCUCGUCACCACCAGGUGAAGGGUUUCUUGAUGUGCAUAGAAAAGACAUGCUUGGGCCUCCGGCCACUGGCAAAGACCUUGAACCCUCAUUCAUGCGAACGGCUGACACGGUGACGAAAAAUGGGCGUCGCGAUCAGACUGCUUCAGCACCUGCGCUGGAAGACUGGCCCACGGCAGACUAUUCAGGCCUGGAAGACGAAAAUGAUGGUGGAGAAUCUGAGGACGAGGAUGACGACGGGAUGGUCAUGGGCCCUGUCAAGCAAAGGAGAUAAUGUCUCUCAACCCACCCCACACAGAACAUUGUACGGCUCAACUUCGAAAAAUAGUCGUAAGCCGUGAAGACAAUUUCGACACAACGACGUUGGACGGAGAUACGACCAAACAAGAACAAGUUUGUUCCUUAAAUACCCUGGUUUUAGACAGCAAGGCGCAGGAUGUCCUUGCAUGCGUUCCUUUUGUUUUUGGUUGGGAAUUUGGACAGUGCUCGAAACAGAUUAUCGGGUAUAUUUUGAUGUGGCAUCGAGGGCAACGCUGAAACUGAAAAUGCAUCUUUGUGAAACGAGGGGGAGGCAAGAUGAAACGAUCAAAAGUUCCAGCAUGGAGGUCAACUUUUCAGCAGCAUUCGGGCCCAGCCUCUUUGCCUCGCCUAUGUCCAAGAGGCAAAUUCAAACUGAGAGAACCGUGGUCACGGCAACAAAGGCCGCUUUGAGCAUGGACAUGAUGGCACAUGAUGUAUGAUGAAGCGGCGGGCAUUUUUGAAAUUGUCUUCCCGAGGAAGUCGAGCUGGAUCUGGACGGGAUGACGGUGGAUGUGCGAUAGUAAUUUUCAUUCUCGACCAGGACGAGUUCCAGAGGGGUAUUUCAGGUGACCAACAGAUCACAGACUGUGGCAGUAUUUGGAUCCAAAAUAGUGUAUAUCUACGACCUGCAGAUAUGGAACUGGCAAUAUGUGCCAGAACAUCGAUCUCUUCUAUAUCUACUC